AAGGGGUUUUCCUCCCACCUGAUGCCUUUAUGGGGGGUCUGUAGCUGGUCCAUCGGUUGCAGGAGGUCCUAAGGGGGGAGGCAGAGAACCCCGUUAAUUUGGGGGGGGUCUUCCUGGGGUCCCAAAUCCGGGGCAUGCCUUGGCUUGCUUUCUGCUGCUGGACUUGGCCUUCUCGGUUUGCAAGCGGGGUGCAACUUCCCAGCUGGGGUGCUGGAAGGUGGGCUGAGGCUGCUGGGGACCCAGGAAAAAUUUUUUUUUGGGGAGGGGGCUUCGGUUCUUCUUGACUUCGUCCGGUCAGCAUGGCUGCCAAGUGGUUCAAAGAAUUCCCCGCCAACCUCAAAACCGUCUCGGAUCGUCCUAAACCCAGCAGUGGGCAUCAUGUGAGCAAACCAAGCGGCGGUGCCCGAAAAAACUUAGCAUCGCCCGAAGCCGGACUGGCAUCGCUGCCCGGGAAGAACCGGAAGAACUCGGCCACCGAGUUGGUUGGCACCAAGACUCCGUUGGCACCGGGGAAAGAUGGCACGAGUAGCCGCUUGUCCCGCGACAAUCUCCAGGGACUUUUGCAAGCCGCCGCAGGGAAGAUGCGCAAGAAUUCGCGGGUGGAAGGGGCCCCCCCAGAGGACCCCGGCUGGGGGCCCCCCAAAGGGCCCCCCAGUUGUGGGGGGUACAUCAACCGUCUCAUCAAAGUCAACGCCCAGGAGAAAAACGCAAAGAACUUUUCAGGAUCAGCCCCCAAUCCCAAUCCGGUCCCGCCGGCCGAACCGGAGAAGCCCAAGCAAGAAACGGUUAUCAUUUUGGAAGAUUACGCCGAUCCUUACGAUGCCAAACAGACCAAGGGCCAAAGAGAUGCUGAAAGAUUAGAAGAGAACGACGGCUACAUGGAGCCUUACGACGCACAACAGAUGAUAACCGAAAUCCGACGACGGGGGUCCAAGGACCCCUUUGGGGGGAAAGCUGUCCUGCUUCUGGGUGAACCAGGGGCCAAGGGAGACUCGGGGGUCAAAGUCCCGGCCUCCAAACCCCUGCAGCUUUACGACACCCCUUACGAACCGGUCGAGACGGGCUCCAAGUUCGAGAUACGCCUCCCUUCGAGCGACGAAAGGCCGCCGGCCGAGUACGAGCAGCCCUGGGAAUGGAAGAAAGACCAGAUAGUUAAAGUUCUCUCCGUGCAGUUUGAGGGUUCGGAGAAACUCGUGACGGCUACCGAGAUGGUCGUCUCGUCACCCCAGCCCCAAUCCUGCCCGAAAAACUGGCCCUCCAAGAAGGUGAAGUCUCCCACAGGAAUCGAACCGGGGCUGGAUGGAGAGCGAGUGGAUUCUGCCCUCGUCUUGGAGAAACAGCCAUGGUUCCAUGGCUGCAUCACUCGAGCCGAGGCCGAGAGCCGGCUGCAGCCGUGUCCGGAGGCCGGCUACCUGGUCCGCACCAGCGAAAUGGGGCCCACCAAGUACUCCAUCGCCCUCAAGACGAGCCAGGGCUGCGUCCACAUCAUCGUGGCCCAAACGAAGGACCAUAAAUAUACUUUGGACCAAGCCGGCGGCCUCUUCGACACCGUCCCCGAAGUGGUUGGCUACUACUCGACCGAAAAGCUGCCUUUCAAAGGAGCCGAACACAUGAGUCUCCGCUAUCCGGUCUCAAUUCCAAGCAAGGUUCCUUAAAUCUCCCAGUUUAGACCAGUUUUGGGAGGAAUUGGGGGAAAUGCGGUGGACAACCGGACAGUCGGUCCAAGUCGACGGCGGCCUCGCCGAGCCUUCGCUUCGGCUGGAGAUGUCAAUCCAUCUUUUUCUUCCUUCUCCAGCAAAUUUUAUUCCCGGCGCUUCCCGAUGCGAUAGGAUCGGACUUUUGGGUAGGAAUUUUGGGGUGGGGGGGAUACAGCAGGGGGGGCCUGGUUCCCUCAACUCCCCCUCCCCUUUGGCUAGACGCUGCAUUGAUAGGAGUGGAAUUGAAAAACCAUCAGUCAGUAGCUGCUCCGGCGUCCUUUUUGAGCCAAAUUCUCAGAGUUUUCUUUAACGAGAUUUAUUGAGAAGAAAACAAGAGAUUCCAGUCAAUCACCACGAAAAGCCAAGUGGAUUUUGCUUGGGCUAAACUGGGAGGUUUUGAUUUAUUAUUAAUAUUAUUAUUAUUUUUCUGAACGGUUUUCUUAGGGAUCCGGUGGGGAGAGGCCGAUCUCUUCGCCGUUCCUCCAGAAAUCAAAUAAAAAUGCUCCAAAGAG